CUUCAGAACGAUACUGUCAUUAAAAAAUAACAUUAAAAUAGCGCUAGAAAUUUUCACUUAAAGAUCAUGCGCACUUGACGAGAUGCGUCUGCGAUUUAGAUUUAUCGUUGUUAUGCUUUUCAUGAUUGGGUUUAUCAUUAUUUUUAACGGUUUAUAUACAGUCAUUGAAACGACAGAAGACUACAGUGUCCACAAACAGAGAGAACAGCAAGGGACUAUAUAUUUGACGCCGAAUAGAGCCAUCAACGACGCCGGGACAACCACUAGUCCAGCAGGUUUGUGGAUCACACGGCUUAUACGGUAAAAGUUACGUCUUCAAACAAUAUUGUAUAAUUAUAUUUCUGGUUUCAACUUCAUACGUAUUGUGAUAGGUCGCAAUGCUAUAAAUCAUUUCAAUAUUUUGACGGCUUGAUAUUGUAUCACAAUUGUAUAUAGACUCCAGACGAAGGGCCUUCGCUCGAAAUGUCGAAAUUCGCCUUAUAUUUUUCAGGUAGUUGCAUCUCUACCAACGAAAGUUUGUGUUUACAUUAUUUGGCACUACCUACACAGACUACACUGACACAGAUAGUUCAAGAUUAUAUCACAAUGUUGUCUGUAUACAUUGGCAAUUUUGCACAGCGCGCAUAAUGUUAAUUAGGCCCACAUUUAUGUCUGUGCACAGUCUUAUUACUCUGGUCAGAAACGCAGAAUUAUCAAACUAUUCACUCCCACAUUUUUGAUGUACACAGACACCCACAUGCCAGACACCCUGACUGGACUAGUAUUUACCGGAAAUAUUUCAAACUGAAUAAUCCACUAACCGAAGGCUAUUUUUUGUUCUAGGACUUGCGGUGAAUUAUUCUCAGGUAAAUUUUAAAGACUUUAUGAAGUUGUUAAUAUUUUUCAUUUCCGUGAUAUUUUUCGUUUGAAUAGACCUUUCCCCUUAUAACCAAAAUUUUGAUCUAGGCAAGUCUAGAUAAAUAUUUCAUCACAGCUUGAAAGAGCAUCACAAAAUUAGUAAUAUUCCAAAGUUUCGUUGCGAAAUGUUGUAAAAUGAGGAAAAUAGAGCCUUGCGAAGUUUGCAAUUUUCAGUCAUUUUGCAUCACAAACGGGAAAUUGCAGCCCCAACACCCGAAUCGUAUGUCAAUUUCCCGUUUGUAAUACAAAAUGACUGAAAAACGGCAAACUUCGCAAGGCUAUAUUAUCCGCAUUUUACAAGAUUUUGCAACAAAACUUUGGAAUAUUAUCAACAUCUCUUGUUGUCGUUUGACCGGGGCAUGAGAGUUGAGAAAACUCCCACACAAACCCUCGCGGCCUCGCAUACCACUUCGAUUGGCAAGAAUCCUUAUUACAUAUACGUGCUACAGUCCGUAUGUAAACAAAGCCUUUGUUUACAUUUUUGUAUCCAAAAUAUUGAACUUUUUAUAUUUAUAUUUUCAUACUUGAACAACUAUUUAUAUUUUCAUACUUCUAGAGUAUAAUUAAAAAACCCGUUUCGGGAAUGUCAAUAACGUUAAAAUUAAAUUAAUUAAAAUAUAAUAAAUGAUCAAGACACAACAAAAAACCUAAUUAUUAAUCGUGAUUUUAUAUCACGGCAGAAGGCUGGAGGCUUGCAUGCAUAGAACGGAGUGUACAGCAUCUUUAGUGUUUUAGUAUUAAACAGGUAAUAUCUUUCAUUUUGUAGCGUAUUGUUUAUAAUCGUGUACCAAAAUGUGGCAGUCGUUCAGUCCUGACCUUGUUCAAAAUCAUGGCUGUGACAAACAAAUUUCGGGUGAUAGAACCUGCAAUGAACUACCCGUAUCAACUGGGACGCAAUGAACAGGUAUAUUAUGUCACAGAAUAGAGACAAGCAGAAGGUCGACUUUUUGGUUUUUCCUAUGAUUUUGGCGUAACCGUAAAUUGUCAUCAAAAUGCUGACGCCAUGGUCCUUAGCCAGUGCGCUCUCUAGCCAGUGUGUGUCUUUGUGCUGUGAAUAAGUGCCAGGAGAUGAUGAUGUCUAUCAUAUCUGCAUCGAGUUCCCUAACCUUAUUCUAUAACCUGCUCGCAGCCCCCACCCGAAAAUUUGAAGCGAAAUUUCGGGCUGGAAGUCACCUCGUCCCCAGGGCCACGCUCGUUGCUCUCGGAAGUCAAACAAUUACGUCGAACUCUGUGCAAGGGCUGAAUUCCGUGUAUACCAAUUUCCAUACAUUACUAAUCACCAAUACUUUUUAUUUAGAAAAGGAUAAGCGACUUUAUGUCAGCGUUAAGGACACCAUUUCUCUAUCACCGACAUAUGCAUUAUUUCGAUUUUAAAACGUAAGUGGUUCCUACAUCGUCAAAAUAGAGUCACGAUCUUUCUCAACCGCCAGUUUAUAAUAGUUUAUUCCUGUGAACCACAUAUAAAUCAUAAGUGUUCUCUCGUUAUAGUCACUCAUUUUCAGUUCUAAAACGUUGUAUUUCGGCUGAUGAGAAAGAUCGUGAGUCAAUGUUUACGACCGUUACGACCAUAUGGAAACAAGGCUUUAAGUUUAAGGCCCUGUCAUACUAUUGCGUAUGAGUCAAACGUAUGAGAAGCGUAUGAAAAUAAUUUUGAUACGCACAAAAAUCCUUUGAAAUAGUGCCAGCGUAUGAGUACCGUACAUUUGGCGCACCUCUAGCGUAUUCAGCGUGUGCCUAGAGUAGGCUUAUCGUAUAAACCAUACGUCCGUUCGCACAAAAUUUUUAACUUUAAGCAUAAUUAAAAAAAAUUUUCUGCCUCGCCGUAUACCAGCGUAUGCCACCGUAUGCGACCGUGCUAGAAACGUAUACAACCUAUGCCUAACGUACCCCUAGCGUAUAUGUCAGCGUUUUCCAGCGUAUGAGUGAUAUUUUUCAUACGCUGACAUACGCUAGUACGAUACGCAAUAGUGUGACAGGGCCUUUAGUGGCCGGAAUAAUGAACAGUGGUCAGCGCAUGUUCUUUUCACCUCUGUCAUGGGUUCGAUUCUUCCAAUAUGCGCUUGUCUCAUUAUCAUUCCACUAUACUCAAAUGUAAGAAAAGAGUGUUUAAGUUCUUUGUUUGUUAUUAGGUUUGCAUGGCGAUAAAACAUAUAAUACUUUUUGUUUGUGGAAACAUCACGUAAAUUUAUUACUGCAAAGCUUUCGACAUAUUAUUAGCAUUGAUGAAGAUCCAGGCUUACGGAUCGAAAGCUUUGCAGUAAUAAAUUUACGUGGUGUUUUCACAAACUAAAAGUAUUAUAAAAUUAUAAAAGAGUGUUUCCAGUUGGAUUCAUCAAAACUGUUCAGGUAUACUCCAGCUUCCUUCUGCGAUAACAUCUCGGUUGGUGUCAGUGUGAUAGCACUGGACCGAUAAAAGAUGGCUUCUGCUCAGGGAUCAAUAUAACGGUCGGCCACCGGUCAUUAGCCAAGCAAAAUGCUGAUCGCCGUGAAUGCCGUCCACUGAUUACUCUGCACGGACAUUAUGGCUGACCGUUUUGUCUCAUUAAUUUGAAUAUUUUUUCCUUUUUUGUUGCAAAUCUUUUUAACAAAAUCUGUAAUCUUUCACACAUGCAAACACAGAAUCUGACUUCGUAACGAUCCACACAAUAGCAAUGUCAUCUCGUGUGUUAAGAGAAAUAUUUUAUAUUAUAUAUACUGUGAUUGAGUAAGUUGUCGUUGGUAUUGUGUAAUUUUGUUAACCAUUCUACUACAUAUGCAUAUGGUUUUGGACUUUUGUUAGUUGUUAUGGUUUUGGUUUCCAGUACUGUGACAACUGACAACAUCCCUCUUGGGAAUAAUUAAGUGUCCGAUCAUGUCCGACCAAAACAUGGAUUGGUCUGACUUAGGGGCUGUUUAUAUGGUCCCGCUUACCCGGGAUUCAAUGAAGUGUGACGUAUUUUGAGCAAUUGAAAUACGUGUUUCAGCCCUAAACAAAAGUUAGAUAAUUUUAAAUAUUGUUGGAACGCGCUAGAAGUCCUAGAAGUUAUGAUGUAGUGGAAGAAGACGAUUAAUAGCAUUCAAAAACAUUUGUUUUUUGUCUAAAACACGGAAUUUCAUACAAUUUGUAACAAGCAAUUUUGUUAGAGCAUGAAGUGAGACUUAUUUCAAUUGCUCAAAAUACGUCACACUUCAUUGAAUCCCGGGUAAGCGGGACCAUAUAAACAGCCCCUUAAUAUCUCUGAGUGAAUACAGCUGUUCAGUACAUCAUGCCAAUAAUAUGUCCAAUUUCAGAUUUGGUGGUCCAUCAGUUGCGUAUAUCAAUUUAAUCAGAGAUCCUGUAUCGAGGUCUGUGUCACAUUUUUAUUUUCGACGAUAUGGUGACAAUUUGCUGAAUAAAACUCGCGUGAAAAAUAAGAUUAAAAAUCGGGACAUGGUGAGAUUCUAAUGAAAAUAAUACAUAUGAUGCAUGAUUUAGGGUGUAUUAUCAAGUAUAUACUCGGGUAACAGUGUUAGAAGUGUUACACUAUCUUUAUUUAGGGUUAGGGGUGGGGUUGGGUUAGGGUUAGUGUGUGUAACACUAUGUAACACGGUGGGGUUAGGGUUAGGGGUAGAGUUAGAGUUAGUGUGUGUAACACUAUGUAACACUAUGUAACACGGUGGGGUUAGGGUUAGGGGUGGGGUUAGGGGUAGGGUUAGUGUGUGUAACACUAUGUAACACUAUGUAACACUGUGUAACACUGUCAACACUCUGUAGCACUGUGUAACACUAUGUAACAUUGUGUAACACUAUGUAACACUGUGUAACACUAUGUAAGAAUAUGUAACAUUGUUUAACAAUGUGUAACACUUAUAGAGUGCCAUAAUAAAGCCACCUUAAAUCGUGCAUGGUAUAAAAUAAUAUUCAUAGUAUAUUACUCUAAAUAUUCCCCUCUAAUCAAAUACGUAUGUGAUUGCAUUUAUACAUACCGAAAACCCAUAUAAACACGAUAUCACAGAUGAAACUACAAUACCCUUGUUACUCUAAGUCUUCUCUAAUCAGACGACACUACGUCGGUCUUCCUAAUAACUCUGCGAUCUAUUCCAGACAUAUGAUGAAUGUGUACUAAAGAAAGAGACCGAGUGCGUAGGGAACUGGGGAAUAUUCUUUAUCGUUCCAUUCUUUUGCGGUCACUUGAAAGAAUGUCGGUAAGUUUCGUAACACGUUCGGUUGUUGCGUGUUGGCGCAGUGAUUAGUGCGUUUCGCCUCUGCGCGCCAUUCGAUUUCUGCAAUAAACAGAAAAGAUCUUCCAUGAGUUUGACUUGUAUAGUAUAUACACCAUGCAAGUAGACCAGGGAUGGAUCCAGCCAGAUCUGGUAGGGGAGGGGAGAGGUGUGCUCAUCGACCCAUGGUCAUGGUUCGGGUUGCAACCGUCAACCACGUUCAUAAUCAUUUGGAGCCACGCACUGCAGUGUUCUGUGUUACGCGUUAAAGAUGUAAACUCGCAAGAUGUAGACCUGAUCGAGUACCACAGAUUGACCCGAUCUCCUCUGAUUUCCUCCAAGGAAUGAAUAUUGCCAUAACCCAAUUUGCACCAGUUAAAAUAUACCUCCGAUUUUUUUCUUCAAAUAAUAUAACGUUAAUUUUCAAUCAGAUCGCCGAAACGAUGGGCGUUAAAUCAAGCAAAGAAAAACGUAGAAAAGUACUUGGUCGUUGGUAUUCUAGAAGAAUACGAUGAUUUUAUUAAGGUUUUAGAGAAAUUACUGCCAAAUUUUUUUCAAGGAGCUUACAAGCAGUCGAAAACGCCAGGUAAUACAAACUUUAUUUAUUGAAAGUUUACAACCGUCAGAGUUAAAAAAACAAAAAUCAACAUGUCUUUUGUUUCGAUACUUUCUUAGCACUGAAUAGUACAGUAUUUUGUGGAAUUGUAUUUCAAUAGAAUUGCACUAUUCUUAGCCAAUAAUAAUUAAUAAUAUUAUAAAUACUAUUAUUCGUAUAUUAAUAUAAACACUCACUAUAUUUACACAUUCAGUUUUUCCCUGCCCGGAAAAGCAAGACAACACUUUUUCUGAUUUCUCGUCCAAGUUUAAUACACCCUUUCGAUAAUUACGUCACAACUGCACUGUUUUCAACUUAGGACCACCUUAAAUGGAAAGGAUUUUCAAGUUUUUUUCUCAUGGGCUAUGCACAGAGAAACAGAACUUCCUUCUUCAACACAUGCAUGAAGAAAAAUUUUGGAUUUUGAUCAAUAAAUAUGGAAAUAAGGAUUAACAAUAAAACGAGGCUCUAGGUCAUCCUUGUUUUCGUGUUAAAGCUUUUUUCCACAUUUAUUGGUCAAAAUAAAGAAUUCUUUUUCGCGCAUGUGUUGAAGAAAGAUGUUCUGCUUCUCUGUGCAUAGCCCAUGAGAAAAAAACAACUUGAAAUCCUUUCCAUUUAAGGUGGUCCUAAGUUGAAAACAGUGUAGUUCUGACGUAAUUAUCGAAAGGGUGUAUUCAAAUCAAACCAAAAUUUAAUCGAUUUGUCCUUGGCGGCUUGGCCAAUGUAUGGAGUUCCACCAAUUUUCGUAUUAAUACGUCUGAUAUUUUUUGAGUUAUUGCCGCUGACAGCCAAACAUACACACACACACAUACAAACGUGGUAUAGAUAAUAAUAAUAAUAAUUAUGAUUACUACUUUCCUUACCUUAUUCAACCAUUUCUACUCUUAGAUCCAUACAUGCCUCCCAAAUCAGUGUUAUCUUUGACAAGAAAAAAACAAAAACCCUCGGAAAAGAUUAUUGCCAUGUCCAAAGAAAAUAUGAAGUUAGAAUAUGAAUUUUACGAUUUUAUUAAAGAACGAUUCCAUAAGCUGAAAAGAUCAUUAGACAUUCAGUGAGCAUGAUCUCUCUCUGGGAAAGAGAAAUGCGAGGUAUACGGACUUAUUUUGAUAUCUAUUCUUUUGGGAUUUUGAAGAAAAUGGACGAAAUUGUGCUGUUAUCAGUUGAUUGAACAAUACUAGAUGGGUGACAGUAAUGGAUAUCGUGGAACAGAUGGUAUAUACGUAAUUCACUGGCGGUUAACGAAGUGGGACGUAUGAGUGGGACAAUAAUGUUGCCCCAGCCUCCUCUGCAGGUAACCAUAGUUAAUAGAAGAGAUGGUUUGGAAACUCAUUAGAAUAACAAUAUAACUCAUUAUCUAUGCUAGUCAACGUUUAUUCAUAAAUCUAGUCCUUCACCGUCACGUGUGUAUUGUAUUUUUGCCCAACUAACCAAUAGCAAUGUUUUAGGAAAGUUACCUAUCCGUGACUCGAACAAUAGGGUAAACUGGAAAUUGCUAUUGGUGGAUUUGACACGUGACGGUGAAGCAACAUAUUUAUGAAUAAACGUUGACUAACAUCGAUAAUGAGUUAUAUUGUUAUUCUAAUGAGUUUCCAAACCAUCUAUUCUAUUAACUAUGAGGUAACUCGGGGGAAAACAACGGCAAAAUUGAGGGGUGGUGUGGGGUUAUUUCCUCACUGGACAAUUAUCCAUAAGAUAUAUUUAUAAAUGUAAAAUGCGAGGAUAAAAUUUGGCAAUUCAUUAUACAGAAGUAAUGUUGGUAUAAUUUUAAUUGAAAGAAAUGAAACAUUGUUUGUUCAGGGUUCGUGGUCUUUCUAGACUGCGAGCAGUUCCUCCUUUCCGCGGGUUUAGAUUUGUCUUUCUAGCUACUGUAUUCAGACACCAGGGUAACACCAGGGCAACCUCGUUCCCAGGCUAUUUGCUCUUGGGACCAGGGCAGCUUAUUUGCACAAAAUGUCGAC